AGAGAGAGAGAGAGAAUACAUCCUGCUUUACUUUGAUAGGGGAAAACAGCAAUGUGUGCUUUUUAAGUGUGGAGAGAGGCCGAAGCAGAAAGAGAGGGGGAGCGAAGGUCGAAGGGUUGACGUUUUGACGGAUGAGCACGGAACAUCCCGAAGCGCCCCGACGGAGAGAUAUAAUUACAGCACGCAUGGGCUUUCUUCAUUCAGGUGUAAAAGAGCCGGAGAGAGAGGGGUGACUCGGAGAGAUCGAAAGAUAGAGGACUGAGUGGAGGGCGGAGAGAGGAGAGAGUUUAUGAACAACGGGAGGACAUUCAAGUUCAAGCAUAUCAUCUGCUGUAUGACUUCAUCGUCUAUUUACAGUCUAGGAGUGCCAUCGUGCUGAAAGUAUUACGACUUAAUUGGAAAGAGAUAUGCAGACAAGAAAACAAUUAAAUUAGCCCAGAGUCAGCCAUAGGAAACAGACCUCAUUAAAGCUGUGAUUCACAACGAUGUGGAAGAUAGUCCGAUGGAUAAAAACAAAGUUGUAAAAUAGGCCUUGUUAUUGUAACGGGAAAGCUUGCGCUUCAUCUACCUAACAUUCAGGGUUUUUUCUCGGCUGUAUAGCGCUGGAUAAACACCAAGGAAUGCUUUCUCGGGUAGCUUCCUUUCUACUCACACAGUAACUUCGAUCGCGUAAGGAUGCGGCCUGUUGUUUUGAGUCUUUUAGAAUAAUAUUUGAAUUUUUUUGAAACCCGGCGGAUUAUCAGGAUGAUUAUGGGAACUUGGAAGUUGCUUAAUCGGAGUUGUCUUGGCAACGGGAUGCAGCCGGUGGGAGACAGGGACUGCCCCACCCCCGAAUACAGACCGAGCAACAUCAACAACAAGGCGCAUCUCCUCCAUCCCAUCAUGGAGCGCCGCGAUCGCGUCUUCAAGCACGUCUUCAAGGGGUCAGUGUUGGUCACCACGCUAAUGGAACACGACCCCCACCGCUUCCGGAGCCGGGCCAGGGCCAUUAAGUUUGCCCAGUGGUUGCUUGACCAUAACCAUAUAGAGAGUAUCGUCGGACAUAGCGGGUUUGAGGACAGUGUGCAUUUGUACAGAUGGUCGGACGAAACAGUGGUAGACCAGGCGAGAAAAAUCGUCACGAACUCGGCUUACAUUCCAAAGAAACGCCUCAUAGAGUUGGUGGAACUGAAUUUUGGCGGGAGUGAGGAUAGUGAUACGAGAUCGUUGAACAGUAGCAUGAGCAGCGAACCUAAAAGUCCAAGGUUGCAGAAGAGAAAUAUCAACGGUUCUCUUGGCUCUCCGAUGUCACCAAAAAUUAUCGACUUUUGCAAGUCCCCAACUACCGUACAAAAGAGCAUCAAUUCACGGGAUAUUAAAAACUCCACCCCGCUCUCGACGCCAUUGUCGUUUUGGGAAAAACGCAGUCGAGAGGGAAGCGUUUCCAGCACUCUCUCCUCCAGCACGGCGGCUUCCAAUUCAAGACAGACUACGCCCCAGAUAACCCGACCGGCGGAGAGACUCCAUUUUGGAAAUUCGGAACAAGGUUCAACUCCACAUCAAAAUUUCAACCCGGGAUACUCUCCUUCUCCGACACCCAGCCUCGAACAAAAACAUCCGGACAAAUCAUUUGAUAGUCCGAACAAUAACAACAACAAUACAUUUGUUGCCAAAUCCUUCCAAGAAUUAGCGCUUCAGAAGAAACCUCCCACCCCGACAAAAAACAGCAGACGACAGGGAGAGGAAGCGGGAAACCACACGCAAAAUGGCGGGUCGAACAAGGUCAAUGACGAUGAUAUGUGCUUCUCCGACAACGAGAAAACCCUCCUGGAGAGAAUGAAAAAAAUGGAGAGCAAACACCAGGGUGUUGUGAAAGGAUACGAAGGCAGAAUAAAUGAACUGAUGAAUAAAAUGCACGAACUGAAACAAAUUGCAGAGCUUCUGGAACAGUCUGGCAACAAGUCAAUGCCGGGAGUUAACGGACAUUAUGGCCAAAGAGAAGAUAGACCCAACAUGGGAGAAAACCAAAGAGUACAAGUGCAAACGGUCUCAAUGAUACCUCCAGAGUCGCCGAAAAUAUCCUCACGAGAGGCCAGGACGCCGGCGUCUCCCCGCCCCCCUCCACCCCCGGCCUCUCCAGCCUUAACACCUGCAGCAGGGACGCACGUUUUGGCACCCCCUCCACCUCCUCCGGCCCCUUUGAUGACUCGUCAACCCGCAGUGGUCCCCAGGAAGCCCCCAGUGCGGCCCCGCGUGAAGAUGCGCCCCCUCUACUGGAACAGGGUCGUCUUGCCCACCAAGGGGAGCGUGGUGUCUGAAGAUAUCACCAUCUGGAAUGAAGUGACAGAACCAAACUUUGACGUGGAGGAAUUUGAAGGGCUUUUUGGUAAACCGCGUAGCCAGAGUAGUGAUGGCCACGAGAUGGCGACACAAGACGCCACAUCGUUAAAACGACGGGGUAACAAAGUACAGCCGGUUAAGGUACUGGAAGCCAAUCGCUCGCGCUCUGUGGCCAUAUGGCUUCGUAGCCAGCAGUGUAAGCUGGAGAAUGUCCACAGUGCAAUUUACGACCUUGAUUUCAACAAAGUAGACUUGGACAGUUUGCAAACACUGAGAACAAUCAUCGCCACUCCUGAAGAACUGGAAAAACUUCACCAGCAAGUCAAGGCUAAAUCUGCAGCUCCCCUCGACGAACCAGAUCAGUUUUUGCUCGACUUGUCCAAAAUGAGACACCUCACCGAGAGAAUAGAGUGUCUCCUGUACAAACGCACCUUCACGGAAGCCAUGUUUGAUACAGACCAACAGCUAACCUAUCUGUUAAGUGCGUGUGACGAAGUGAAGAGCUGCAAGACUCUAAAGACGCUCAUAGAGCUGGUGCUUGCUUUUGGGAACUACAUGAACGGAGGGACUCAGAGAGGCCAGGCGGACGGCUUCGAGCUACAGGCGCUCAGUAAAGUGAAAGACAUCAAAAGUGUGGAUGGCAGUAUAAACCUACUCCAGCACAUUAUUCGCACCUACUGCAACGAGUUUGAAGAAAACUCGGGCAAGAAUACCUCUAAAUUCGACGUCCCCGAAAUGCAAACUCUCCAACAGGCAGCCUCGGUUUCGCUGGACGAAAUCAAAGCGACCUUGGAGAGGACGCAGGACGAGCUGGCGAGACACAAAACUAAGGCGGAGAAAAUCUACGAAGAGACGGAAGCUCAUCUCAUUCAACCUUUCAAGAAUUACAUGGAGGAGUUUUUUGAGACAGCCGAGGACACUCAUCUCUCCCAGAUGCAGAAGUACACCGCGUCCACCUUUUCGUUUGAAGGUGUUGUAGCCUUCUUUACCUUUCGAAAUGAAAAUGAUCAGGCCACUCCAAGCGCGUUUUUCGGUAUUUGGGUGUCGUUUUUGACCGACGCAUCAGCUUUAUGGAAAAUAGAACAGAGGCGUAUAGCACGAGAGAUGUUCGAGAGAGUCCAAAGCAGACGCAAGACCCGCGCCGCCACCACCAAAAUAGCGACCAUCUCACACACGGAGCUUAAGGCGAAAUUUUCCACCCAUGGACAGCAACAGAAAACCAUCAAAUUCCAGCAGCUUAACCCAAAGGUCGGCUUUCAAAGCAGUCAACAACCUACCUCAAACAACGCCUUAACAAAUGGAAGAAAAACACCCGACACACUUCUCAGAACUGACCACCAACAACAGCAGAACCAAGACUCGCCCCCUAGCUACCCGCCCCCUCCACCCCCUGUGGGAGAUGACACCCCAGGGGGAGAAGGCUUCUCAUCGUCAACCAAUGGAAGUUUAGGAAGAGGGCGGGUGAACGCUAUCAAGGACAUGUUCCAGCAUCACCCUGCAGACGACAGACGCGACACCCCUUCCCCGCCGCCCCUACCUCCCCGUAUUCGACCAGUUCGGCUGUCCUACAUCUCCUCUAAGCUUAGCAAGAGUUCGGAGGAGCUGGACACCAGCGGGCUGGAGAGAAUCCACGAGCUGAAAUUCAUGAAGGCCAGGGAUCGCACCCCUCUCUCGCCGCUCUCUUUCUCCACGGCGGCGCAGUCGGACAGCAUGGAAGAUAUUUUGGCUAACGAUUCUCUCUCGUCCGGGGGUGGUACUCCACACUCUGGGCACUCCAGUAAAAAUAAUGUGUCAUCCUCUGGUGGGGAGUGCACCCCCCGGUCCCUGCCUUCUUCCGGGAGGGACGUCAUGUCUCCGACAUUGUCUAAUUCGUCUGCGCAUUCAAAUGCUGCUGUGAAAAGCAGAGAUAUUUCUUCGAGUUUGUCGCCGCCGUCAAAUAAUUUCAAUCUCGCCGACAAAGACCGACAAAGCUCUUCAAUGGUUGGGAAACCCGGAGAAAACCGACCGGUUUCGGCGUUUUCGAGUCUGUCUCCGAAAGUUAUACGACAGUCUUUCAAUAGCAGACGACAAAAUGUGAAUUUUCAGCAACAACAGCUACAGUCACCAAAGCAGCAUUACCCGGUUCUGGACUUCAAAGCCAUCGCUCUUUCUCCAAAAUCUGGCGACAAAGAUUCAGAGCCUUCUACCCCGGGGGUCACCGUCAAUGGGAUGACGAGAAACCCCCUCGCGUCAUUAAGCGGCACCGAGGACGACACCCUGUACCUUACAAUGAAUAACCGACGCUCGCAGCCGCCGCAAACCAACUCCCACGAUGACAGCCGAGACUAUAUCGAGAUGGACACGGCGCGCGCUAUUCAGCAGAGCGGCAGCCCCCCUCCAGUCGUCCUGCCCAACGGCUUUAAGACCCCCGACCUUUUCAUCAUCAGGAACGGACACAACGGAGAUGAGGUCAUUAGCAGCUCCUCGGCGUCUAGCUCCCUCCAGAGGCCAGACAAGAAGUACACGUUUAGAAGAAUCUCGGAGACAGGGUCAGAACAGUCGAUCAAGAAGGGUUCUGGCGGUGGCAGUGCCCCUGGGUCCCCGGCGCCGCCGAAACCACAGCGGACAUUCAUGCAGUACGGAAAGCCAGGGUCUGACAUGAACAGUAACUAUAUGAAUGAUAAGGGUUGGCGGAGGUCCUUUGGGAAGGGAAAAGUCCAAGGCAAUAAUACCAUUCCGUAUGAAAGCGCCACUAACUCUUCCAAAAAUCUUCUCGGUGGAAAUGACGUAUCGUAUAUGGCUGUUUGAUGCUUGAAUAUAGCAUAAUAGAGGAAAUUUUAGUGUUUUAUUUGAAAACGCACAUUUACAAAAUAUGUAUCGAUAGAGGAGACGGACAUUUUGAUAUGGGGAAACGGUAUUAUUUCUUUUCCACAAAAACAAAAAUCUAAAAUGCAUCAUCCAGCUUAAGUACUGCUACAAAGGUGUCUAUGUAUCAUCUCUGUGAAGAUUUUAAAAAAAUCGUAAAUCUUAAACAUUACUUAAAAAUUGCAGUUGAGCUUGGUUAACAGAUUUAAGAUUAUUUUUCAAAACUGGUCGAGAUAAGAUCACAUAUGUCUGUACCGACAGAGAUUCUUGCUGGUGGUAACUGUUAUUUUUAUUUCCCUUUUGGGAAGUUAAAUAUUCUGACGGCCUUCAGGGUCAAAGAGUAUUGUCAAGUCAAUAUAACACAUUGUAUCUAGUUUAAUGUCGAGACAUACCUCAUUAAAAUGUCAUUUUACGAAGCUGCAAUAUAUAUGAGAUGGAACUUAAAUUCAUGUGUUUCAUUUUUAUUUAAGAUUAGA